AUGUUCCUUCGACGUCGGUCAGCAGCUUCUGCUGCAGAUACUGGUUCAUCUGCGGGCCGAAUUUGGCACCAUGUGGACCUUGCCGCGGACAAGAGAACGCUCGGACGCUUGGCAUCGCAAAUCGCAAUCACCUUGAUAGGCAAACACAAGCCUAUCCCGCACGAGACCCAGGACGCUGGAGACUACGUCGUGGUGUCGAACGCUCAGUUUCUGCGUGUGACGGGGAACAAACUCAAUAAUAAGACGUAUUGGUCGCACUCCACGCGGCCAGGAUCGGGCAAGGCCACUCCAAUGAAAAAGAUUAUUAAGGAUUACGGAUACGGAGAGGUGAUCAGGAGAGCAGUGAGCAAGAUGCUACCUAAAAACAAACACAGAUGGACAAGACUUAACAGGCUGAAGGUGUACGACGGCUCGGACCACCCAUACAAACAGAAUCUGAUUGCGUUUGCCGACCAACAGCCGGUUGUCCUGGAAAAGGUCAAGAAGUUAGAGGAGAAGACGAAGCUGCUGGAGGAGUACGAGAAGCAGAUGUCCGGGAAAAAAAUAUAA